CCUACCUCUCCCCAAGCCACCACAGCCUCGCGUUUCUGUGCUUGCCAUCUUCGCCUUUUUCAGGCUUUCCACUCCAAUCCUGAGACCUAGGGGCGCCAUCCACGUGGCCCCUGGCGGACCGAUGUGUGAUGGCUCAAACUUGUACAAAACAGCACUAGUACUUCCUUGGCAACACCACAGCUUUUCACAUGCUGGCCAUCAGGCUUGCAGUUAGGCUUGCAGUCAGGCUUGCACCAAUGCACUGUCCCAAAUGUUAUAGGCGCUAGGAAGGGCGGCAGCCCGGGGCUUCGAUGCCGUAUUAAAGUUCAGACUGACUCGCCCCUAAGAGCCACAGAAACAUCCAGAGUAGCCCUGGCGGUGGAGAACACCCCAACAUCUUGUCUGACCCUCGUUACCGUUGUUUAUCCAAGAUUUCUCUCCCCCUUAUCGCGGCCAUAUUAAUGAAAGCGGCCCUGCCCGCACCACGUCGGGUCUUCUGAGAUGCUGUUCUGCCAGCUCCCGUCUGACGUGCAACUGAGCAAGAUGCCACCCAUCAACGGCAACAGGAAGGACCUCCAGGCCGUCUUCGGCCUGCAACUCAACACCGACGGCGCGCCCACGAGCAGAUAUGAACGGCGGGGGCCUGUCGGCCGUCUGCCCCCAGAUUUCCUGACGCCAAUCGGGACCAGGGCUCAGAACUACCUCCACUCAGACACGGCGUCCACGAAGUCCAUUCUUGGCGGAUCCCGCGAUGGCGACGACAACUCGGCGCCGCAAGACGCGCACCUCUCGCGGCUCGGCCUCGAGGUCCAGGCCCGACGCGACAUGGGCAUCCUCGGCGCCGUCGCCGCGGGCUGGAACAUAUGCAACAGCUGGGCCGCCGCCAUGGCCACGCUCGUCAUCUCGGCCAGCCUCGGCGGCCCCACCGCCCUGAUCUACGGCAUCAUGGUCAUCUUUGUGCUCGCCGGCUCCAGCGCCCUCAGCAUGGCCGAGAUCGCGUCGGCCUACCCCACCGCCGGCGGCCAGUACCACUGGACCAGCAUCCUGGUCGGCCCCGGCUACAUCGGGAAGCCGCUCAGCUAUAUCUGUGGCGCCCUCAACACUUUUGGCUGGAUCGCCACCGCCGCCGGCUUCCUGGCCCCGCUGUCCGACAUGGUCCGCGCGCUCGCCGGCUUCCUCGACCCGACCUACGUGGCCGAGGGCUGGCACACCUUCCUGAUCUUUCAGAUUUGCAACGUUGCCUUUACGGCCUACAACAUCUUCCUGAUGAAAAGGACGCCAUGGAUUCACCAACUCGGAUUCUUUCUCUCCAUUGUCUCCUUCCUCACCAUCUUGGUUACAUGUCUGGCUCAGUCGGAUCCCAAGCAGAGCAGCGAGGUUGUGUGGACCACCUGGGUCAACCGGUCGGGCUGGUCGUCGGACGGGCUCGUGUUCCUGAUGGCCCUCUCCAACGCCAACUUUAUCUACUCGGGCCUCGACGGCGCCAUCCAUCUCGCCGAGGAGUGCAUAAACCCUGCCGUUGCCGUCCCCGCGGCUCUAAUCUCCACCGUCGUCAUCGGCUUUGUCACUGCCCUCGCCUUCGUCGUUGCAAUGAUCUACAGCUAUAAUGACCUGGAUAAGGUGUUGGCAGCUCCACUGCCCGUGCUCGAGAUCUGGUACCAGGCCACGCGAUCCAAGCCCAUCGCGACCGCGUUCCUCAUCCUCCUCAUCGUCGGCGGCUUCUUCGCCGGCACGGGCUCGCAGCAGACGGCAAGCCGGCUGACGUGGAGCUUCGCGCGCGACGACGCGGUCGUCGGGUCCCGGUUCCUGCGGCGCAUGAACUUCCGCUUCGGCGUGCCCGUCAACGCGCUGCUCGUCAACUGCGCCUUCGUCUUCUUGCUCGGCUGCGUCAACCUGGCCUCGUCGGCCGCCUUCACCGCCCUCGUGGCCACGGGCCUGAUCCUGCUCCAGUGCAGCUUCGCCAUCCCCGCCGCCCUGGUCCUGCGCCGCCGCCUCCUCGGCACCCUGCCCGCCGUGCUGCCCGAGUCGAGGCCGUUCAGGCUGCCGGGCCUGGUCGGGGGGCUGGCCAACUUUCUGUCCAUCGCGCUCGCCUUCAUAUCGCUCGUCUUUUACUCUUUUCCCGUCUCGCUGCCCGUCACCCCUGGAAAUAUGAAUUAUGCAAGCGUCGUCAUUGCAGUUAUGGCCGCGUUGGCCGCUGCCAACUGGGUGUUUCAUGCUUCCAGGAAUUACCACGGGCCGAAGCUACCGCAAUGGUGAUUUUUUUCUUUCUUCCUUUGGCUCCUUGGGAUUCCUUUUUGGUGUUUCUAGGCGUUUCUCGGAUGCAGCAUCGCGUCGUGUUCCAAUAAAGUUAGAAAGAUACCCGCCAAUGUUAUCGCUUAGGCGCCGCCGCCCAAUCACAG